UACCACUCUGGGGCUUCCGAGGCGGCCUCUCGUGCGAGCCGGGGCGCGCAGGGCUGGGAGAGCGAUCGGGGCCCCUGCUCUCGGCACCGGAGGUUGGAAGAGGGUGGGUCGCCGCUGCUCGAGGGCGAGAGCGCCGGAGCAGCGGGAGGAAGGAGCGCGCGCCCGCCCGCCGCCUCGCUGACUCCUCGGCGCUAGCUCUCUGGACUCGUAGGUUUGCUGGCUGCUCCUCCCACCCGCGCCCGCCUCCUCGCUCGCCUGCUCGCUCGCCGGAGCUGCUUUCCAGCCCCGCGGUGCGCCCGGGCGAGUGCGGGGCUAGGGGCCCCGGGCCAGCACCGAACAAGGGGCGGGGGUCGGGGCUGAGCGCAGCCGGCCGGGGAGGGGCCAUGUCUGGCGCGGGCGCAGCGGGGCCAGUCUGCAGCAAGUGACCGAGCGGCGUGGACGGCUGCCUGCCACCUGGGGCGGCGCGGGCCCGGUCGCCCGGAGCCCCGAGCCCGGGUCGCGCGUAGAGCCGGCGCGAUGCACGUGCGCUCGCUGCGCGCCGCGGCGCCGCACAGCUUCGUGGCGCUCUGGGCGCCCCUGUUCCUCCUGCGCUCCGCCCUGGCCGACUUCAGCCUGGACAACGAGGUGCACUCGAGCUUCAUCCACCGGCGCCUCCGCAGCCAGGAGCGACGGGAGAUGCAGCGUGAGAUCCUCUCCAUCUUGGGCUUGCCCCAUCGCCCGCGCCCCCACCUCCAGGGCAAGCACAACUCGGCGCCCAUGUUCAUGCUGGACCUGUACAAUGCCAUGGCGGUGGAGGAGGGCGGCGGGCCCGACGGCCAGGGCUUCUCCUACCCCUACAAGGCCGUCUUCAGUACCCAGGGCCCCCCUCUGGCCAGUCUGCAAGAUAGCCACUUCCUCACCGACGCCGACAUGGUCAUGAGCUUCGUCAACCUCGUGGAGCACGACAAAGAAUUCUUCCACCCGCGCUACCACCAUCGGGAGUUCCGCUUUGAUCUCUCCAAGAUCCCAGAGGGGGAAGCCGUGACCGCAGCAGAAUUCCGGAUCUACAAGGACUACAUCCGGGAACGCUUCGAUAACGAGACGUUCCGCAUCAGCGUUUACCAGGUGCUCCAGGAGCACCUGAGCAGGGAGUCGGACCUCUUCCUGCUGGACAGCCGCACCCUCUGGGCCUCGGAGGAGGGCUGGCUGGUCUUCGACAUCACGGCCACGAGCAACCACUGGGUGGUCAACCCGCGGCACAACCUGGGCCUGCAGCUCUCGGUGGAGACUCUGGAUGGGCAGAGCAUCAACCCCAAGCUGGCGGGCCUGAUCGGGCGGCACGGGCCCCAGAACAAGCAGCCCUUCAUGGUGGCUUUCUUCAAGGCCACGGAGGUCCACUUCCGCAGCGUCCGGUCCGCGGGGAGCAAGCAGCGCAGCCAGAAUCGCUCCAAGACGCCCAAGAACCAGGAAGCCCUGCGGAUGGCCAACGUGGCAGAGAACAGCAGCAGCGACCAGAGGCAGGCCUGCAAGAAGCACGAGCUGUACGUCAGCUUCCGCGACCUGGGCUGGCAGGACUGGAUCAUCGCGCCCGAGGGCUACGCCGCCUACUACUGCGAGGGCGAGUGCGCCUUCCCGCUGAACUCCUACAUGAACGCCACCAACCACGCCAUCGUGCAGACGCUGGUCCACUUCAUCAACCCGGAGACGGUGCCCAAGCCCUGCUGUGCCCCCACGCAGCUCAACGCCAUCUCUGUCCUCUACUUCGACGACAGCUCCAACGUCAUCCUGAAGAAGUACAGGAACAUGGUGGUCCGGGCCUGCGGCUGCCACUAGCCCCUCCUGGGACCCGACCCUGCGGGGCCACGCUUCUCCUGGGUGCCGCCUGCCGCCCGCCCUGGCAGGGAGCCCGCAGACCCACGCCUCGUGAGACUGCCCCUCCCCCGCCCCGCUGUAGAGGGGGAAGGGCACGAAGGAAUCCGGGCGGCAAGCGGCUUUUGAUCGGUUUUGGGCGGCGGCAUCCCACGGACAAGAUCUGACACGCUGCGGCAGGCAAAGCCUAGCAAGGAAAAACAGCUAGAAAGGAAAAUCGCCCGGCCGGGGUCACUGGCUGUGACGUCUCGGCCGUGCCCGGACUCGUUCCCAGGGGUAACCAUGCGUGCCCGCCCGCCCACCGCGCCGCGGGGCCGCCGGGCAGCAGGGCAGGGGCGUGGCGAGGGGUGGGCGCGUCUGUGUCUGUGCAGAAAGAAAGCCGACGCGGAAGUUCCUGUAAUAAAUGUCACAAUAAAACGAAUGGAUGAAAAUGGUUAGGACGUUACAGGUAUAUUUUCCUACACAGUCUGUCCCCGGGGCUGGGUUUGUUCUGAUUCGCAGGCAGAAGCCGCGUCCUGCAGAGGGUGGCGCGUUUCGGGUUUCGCUCAGAGCCUUGCGGAGGCCCCGUGUUUACCGGGCCCCGCCCAGAGCCCAGCGCUGGCGGGGAGAGAAAGGGCAGGUGUUUGCUCAGAGGAGGAGGAGGAGGGCAGGGCGUUGAGCUUGCAGGAAACAUGUGUUCCCCCCGUCCGGCUGGGUGUGCGGAGGCCCAGGUUAAAGUAGGCGCGGGAAGCACCGCAGACGCUGGAGGCUGGCUCUCCGGCCCCCGCGCAGGGGACCAGGACGGCAAGCGGAUGGAACUUGCAGCGGGACCCCGGUGCCGAGGGGCCCCGGAAGGCCGGUUCUCAGCGAGAAGGGGGGCAGGGCCUCCGUGCGUCCUCUGAGCGGAGCCCCGUCCUUCUGAAGCCGGGUUCUGGCGGGGGCGUAGACCCCUCUCACUGGCUCUGCGGACAGACUGGCUCCUUGAAGGAAGGGAGAGACAGCAGAGUGGGGGGUCUGAUGGGUGCAGGCUGUGCUGGGCUCGAACGGCAGAGAGGUGGAUCUCCAAGCUGUGUCCAGGGUGACAUCCUAACCAAGCAUCCUGACUUGGAGCUGGCGUUUCUGACUUGGAUGUUGGGACGAGCCCCCGUUGCGUUGGCCAGUGGGUCCCGUACGUGGUGUGCACCCAGCCUGCAGCUGCAAACCCAGCUCCGGCGGGCUGGGCUGUGUGCGAAUGUUUCCUGCACCUGCAAAAGGAACGAGGUCAUCCGUGCAGGCCCGUGUCCACGUGGGGUCCAGUCCGGUGGGGAAAUGUCUCUCCGUCUUGGCUAAGUCGGCUCCUGGAAACGUCGGGGCUCUGUUUUUAUUUUCUUUUACUGUUUCUUCUUUGGUAGCUAGGGCUGCAGCCUAUACUCUGCCUAGUCACUGGGGGAAGCGUAGUUUUUGUUAUAUUUUGUUUCGUUUGGUGGCAGAUUUGGGGUUUUUUUGUGGGACUCCCUCUUGGUGCAAGUUUCCUUACCGCUGUACAACCCAACCAGCCUCUGGUUCGCAUCGUUUGUACAUUUAAACAUGUAAAUAGUUGUUACGGAACAAAGAAAUUAUUUAUUUCCAUCUGAAGCCUUUUUUAAACCCUCCUUUCAUCCCUUGUCCGGAACAAUGAGCUUGCUGUCCUUCGACCUGUUUGUUUUCUUAUUUAAGACUAUUUAUUAUCCGUUGGACCAAUGUACCCCGGCUCUUGCAUAGAGCAGUCCUUAGUGAAAAUUCUGUAUAAAUAGACAAAAUAAAAAGGGUUUGACUUUGCAAUAAAAGGAGACAUUUGGUUCUG